AUGUCCUUUGGCUAUGUCCCCAGAAUAGGAAAGAAAGAUGAAAUGGUUGUCAACCUGGUGGCAGGUGGAUUGGAUGUGGGAACGCAGCUUCAAGAGGGUGGACUAGCUUGGCCUGCAGAGGAAGAAGUUCAUAUUGACCCAGCACAGAGUGCUGUGGACCAGGUAGAGGGAUGUCUUGCGAUUCUCCACUGUGUGGUGGCAGAUGGGAACACAACCAGAAUGCCUGAAAGCAAUGGCUCUCUCUGUGGAGCUCCUGGGGAGAACUGCACAGGCACCACCCCUCGGCAGAAAUUGAAAACCCAUUUCUCCCGGUGCCCCAAACAGUACAAGCAUUACUGCAUCCAUGGGAGAUGCCGCUUUGUGGUAGACGAGCAAACUCCCUCCUGCAUCUGUGAGAAAGGCUACUUUGGAGCACGCUGUGAGCGAGUGGACUUGUUUUACCUCCAGCAAGACAGAGGGCAGAUCCUGGUGAUCUGCUUGAUAGCAGUCAUGGUGGUCUUCAUCAUCUUAGUCAUCGGCGUCUGCACCUGCUGUCAUCCUCUUCGGAAACACCGUAAAAAAAGGAAGGAGGAGAAAAUGGAAACGUUGGGUAAAGAUAAAACUCCCAUAAGUGAAGAUGUUCAAGAGACCAACAUUGCUUAAUGGU